GCUGACCCGGCCCGGGAAGGAGCUGCGGCGCCGCCACCGGGCGCUGCACCUGGGUCGGCCCGGCUGCCGAUUGGACGGCUCAGGGUGACCCCACUGUAUCGCGAGACGAGAUUGGCAGCGGCGGGGCCUCAAGUGCCCCCGCGCUGGCUUUGUACGCAGAGCCGCCUGCCGGUCUUUUAACAAUGGGCGGCGCGAGCGUCCAGGCGCUGGGCCCGAGCUGAGGUCGGCGCUUAGCUGCCGACUGUCCGCAGCAUGAGCGGGGCCGGCGUCCCUAUCACGCCGGCGGGGCUGGGGCUGUGAGGGCCGCGGUUCCGGACUUGAGUUGCCGCGUCGGGCUGGGCGCGCCGCUGGGUCCCAUGGAGCUGGAGGGGCAGUGGUGGCGAGGACAACUGGCCGCUGACAUUCACCAAGCGCUUCGCUACAAGGAGCUGAAGUUGCCCUCCUACAAAGGCCAGUCCCCUCAAUUAAGUCUCAGACGGUAUUUUGCUGACUUGAUUGCCAUUGUGAGCAAUCGCUUCACACUCUGCCCUUCUGCCCGCCAUCUUGCUGUCUAUUUACUGGACCUGUUUAUGGACCGCUAUGACAUCUCUAUCCAGCAGCUGCAUUUAGUUGCGCUUUCCUGCCUGCUUCUAGCAAGUAAAUUUGAAGAAAAAGAAGAUAGUGUGCCUAAGCUGGAGCAGCUCAACAGCCUGGGUUGUAUGACUAAUAUGAAUCUAGUAUUAACAAAACAAAAUUUGCUACAUAUGGAACUAUUAUUAUUAGAAACCUUUCAGUGGAACCUCUGCCUUCCAACAGCUGCCCAUUUCAUUGAGUAUUAUCUCUCUGAAGCAGUACACGAAACAGAUCUUCAUGACGGCUGGCCAAUGAUUUGCUUGGAAAAGACUAAACUCUACAUGGCCAAAUAUGCAGAUUACUUCCUGGAAGUAUCUUUGCAAGAUUAUGCCUUUCUAAAUUAUGCACCUUCUUUAGUAGCUGCUGCAUGUGUGGCUUCUUCGAGGAUAAUACUUCGUCUUUCUCCAACGUGGCCUACGAGACUACAUCGUCUUACUGCUUACUCUUGGGAUUUCUUAAUGCAGUGUAUUGAACGGCUAUUGAUCGCUCACGAUAAUGAUGUGAAAGAAGCAAACAAACAGAGAGGACAAGCAGGACCUCAGUCAGCACAACUAAGUAUGUUCCAGACAGCCUCCCAGCCCUCACGACCAGUUCACUUUCAGCAACCUCAGUAUCUCCAUCAGACACAUCAGACCUCAUUGCAGUAUCGCCAUCCUACAUCAGAGCAACCAAGCUGUCAGCAGAUUGUAUCGACCACACACACGUCAUCUUACACACUACAGACAUGUCCUGCUGGCUUCCAAACUAGUGUUCAGGGCCUUGGGCACAUGCAGACUGGUGCUGGGAUGUCACUGGCAAUACCAGUAGAAGUUAAGCCCUGUCUGAGUGUUUCUUAUAACCGGAGUUAUCAGAUAAGUGAACAUUACCCUUGUAUUACUCCAUGUUUUGAAAGGUGAUUAUGUGUGAAGCUGAUAACUGACCCAGACUCUUUUGUGACAUGAAGCUAUGGGUAAGCAUUUUGUAAACUUCUGUUCAAAAGGAAAGGGAUCUAAGUGACAUCAGAACUCUUCAGGUACCAGCACCAAGAAGACUGAAUAUCCCUUUUAAUACACCAUGAAUCCUGGGAGGACUAAGCAAAUUAACAGUGUGUCAAAUUCUGUUACAACAAAUCCCUGUAUGACAAAGAUGUUCAAGUCCUGGCUGAUGGUCCAAAUAUUUCAAAAAUAUUCAACAGAAAAUUUGGACAGACUCCAAUUUGCCAUUUUGAGAUUUGACCUGUAGUAGCAUCUGGACCUAAUGUUGGCUUCUAAGUCAAAGACUAAAUAUUUAUCUUAUCUAUGAACUUGCCAAACAGUCUUUUAUGAAGGAAAGUUACAGUAUUAAUUUUUGAAAAGAUUUUUAUUCUGCAAUUUUUUAUUUUUGUUCUACAGAUGAAUUUUUGACUUAUGAAUUCAUAAGUUUAAACUCAUGAAUUGUUACGCUAUACCAAUCUGCAGUUUAAAAAAAGAAUUUUUUUAGAUGAUUCUAUACAACUUCCUCUCAUAAAUAGUAUAGGUUUCUGGAUUUAUAUGCUAAAAUUAAGGGUGGAGUAGAUAUCUUAUUUUUAAAUCAUGGUCAUAAUUUUUCUUUUUUUCCCUAAGUGAUCAACCUCAAAUUUUUAGAAUUGAAAGACAUUUAACUCAGGGAAUUUGUACUACUUGGAAACACUUAACUAUAAUGCAACAUACCUUGGGAAUGUUAUAAUAUGAACUACCUUUAUAACAUAAGUUAAAAUACUCUUGCUAGGGUGUGUUUUCAAAUGAGAGCAUAAUAUAAUAGCUCAGAAUGAAGUGGUAGUUCCUGUGAUUCAUAAUACAUAUAUAGGUUUUGCAUUUCUCAGUGCAAUCCGUGAUUUAUACUCAGAAUUGACAUUCUUUAAAAAAAAGUUAUUUCAAGAGAAGGCAUAACUGUAAGAGGUCAGUGCUAGAAUAAAGUCCUGUAGGUUUAUUUUGGAGGGGACUGUGGCCAGGGUAGUUCUCAGGUUGUGCUAGAGCAGCACUUUGUUAUGUGGAAGACAGGUUUUUUAAGCAACCUUUGAAUCCAGCUAGUCAGUCUAAGCAGGCAAAGGUAACUGAUGACUAAAUUUCAGUAGCUACUUUCAUUGGACUGACCCUGCAAUUGCCCUGGGACAUUUCACUGUACUGGUAUUAACUGCAAACAGCAAUAAUGGUCAUUACAGCAAGGGCAGCUUUGGGGUAAAGCAUUUUGGAGGAAUUACCUUAAAAAGUUAAAAAGCUCAUUGUAAUAACUGAUAAACUGUAUACAUUGCGCUCCUUUCUGUGGGAGAAGAAAGAUUUGGUGGAGGGAAGCUUUCUGGUUUAAAAAUUAGUAUGUGUUUAAAAAUUUUUGUGUUUUUUUAAGAUAGCACUUGAAUAGAAGGGAAUCUGCAUGGCAGAUAUGUGACUGCCACAAUAUGCAUUGAAGACAAACUAUUAUAAAGAUGUCGUGGGUAUGCAGCAGGAGUCUCAGUAAUCAAGCCAAUGGCCUUUGUUAGGAAGAGAAGGGGCUCAACACAGUGAUGGACUGAUCCAGAUGGCUCCUGGGGAUGAAUGUGGGUGGGUGGCUUCUGCCAGCAUGAAUGCUUGGAGAAAUGUCCUUUCCUUAAAAAGAAAAUAUCUUAUUUUUAGAGUACAUAGGGCAUGAUGUGGAUUUAUUAGUCUGGUAGAUAAAAUGAAAAAACACUCAGGUAAGAACACUCACUCAUGGCAGUUUUUAAGUAUGAAAAUAGUUUUCUGAAAGUAUCAUCACUUUUUAAAGAAGGCUGCUAAUUGGAUUUUGGUAGUUCUUACAUCAAGAAAACUUGAAUUGUUUGGGGAAAGUGGACUCAAAAGAGCAUAUAUCUUUCACAUUCACAUUCAGAACCCAGCAACCUGGAGUCUAGUUUUCAGUAUUUUAACUACCUCAAUAAUGCUAUGAAUGUAAGAUACUGGGAUAGAGAUCCCAACUUGAAACAACAACCAGUGCCUGUGGUAACUUAAUGUCUGUCAAAUACUUUUAUUGAUUGGUUUAUAUGCCAUUCUUGUUAUAGAAGAAUAUGCCUUUU